AUGGAGGACAAUGUUGACAUCAAUGAGAAGCCAAAUUUUGCCUCACCCUUUGAGAUGGCAGAGCAAAUGGCUCGUGUUUACACACAUGAAUGUUUUAAAGAAUUUUAUGAUCAGUUGUCGCAGUGUUGCAGAUUUGAGUUCUCACAUGAGAAUGAUAUGUAUAUGGUGUAUAUUGCACUGAGAAAGAAAAUGGAGAACCCCAAGGGUCGUAAAAUUAUUUAUGCCAAAGAGUCAGAUUUUGUAUCAUGUAGCUGCAAAAAAUUUGAGACGGCUGGGAUACCAUGUAGACAUAUUAUGGCAUUUCUCAUAUUUAUACGACUUGUUGAUAGAUUGCCAGAUCAAUACAUCUUAAAGAGGUGGACGAAAUCAGGAAAAGCUGAGAGAGUUUUUGAUGAUCUCGGUGUGGAGAUUACAGAUAACAGAGAUUUGCUUGCCAGGCGGAGUCGGUUAUGCCAAUAUGCUGUAGAUGUAAUUGAUAAGGUUAUGGGUAGCGAAGAAGCAAGUGGUUUGUUUUUAGAUUCAUUAAAGAGUGUUCUGGAGCAGUAUAAUUCCAUGGUGGCUGAUGGCGAGACUGUUAAGUCUGCAAUAGUGCCAGCUGAACAAAAAAGUCUUCCUUCUCAACACAUUUAUAAUGAACCUGUUCAAGUAAGGGCCAAAGGAUGUGGGAAAAGAUUGAAGGCAGGGAAAGAGAAGGGGAGAUUGAAAGCUGCAAAGAAGGCAAAUGGUAAAGACGGCAUAUCAAUUCCUGAUAAUUUUUUUGGUUUCUUGUUUUUGAUUUGCAGAGAGGAUAGAAGUGACUCGAGUACUGAUGAGGAAGAGUAUUCCAGCACAGGAGUUGAUGAGUCUGCAUAG